CAAUCCUUCUUUUUAACUUUUUCUCCACUAUAGAUAAGAAUAGUUUCUCUCCCUCACAAAUCCUUUUCCUUUAAUUUGUCAUCUUACAAUAACAACAUCAUACCACUAAUCAUCAUUCAGCCUGCAACCAACCAUCCAGCAAUUUGUUUUUGCUUCUAACUUCAACCAUCCAAACAGUCCUUAAUUAAUUAGCUUCAAUAUAAUUUCCUUGCACUUCACUAUUUACAAAGUUCCUACAAUUUUCAUCUCAUUAUUACUUUUCCAAUAACUUUCACUUUUUCAUAUCCAAUACAAGAAUAAACAUAAAGCAUAUAUUAAUAUAUAUUAUAUACUUGUAUAUAUUGAAUAUAUUCUCUUCUUAAUUGAAUUAUUUUUCACUUUACACUUUUAUGAAAGUAUCUAAAAAGCCACUAUACUUUGUUUCAUCAACAUAGUAACUUCAAUGGCACCUUCUUACUUUCCUCUUCGUUGGGAAAGCACAGGAGAUCAAUGGUGGUAUGCAACACCUAUUGAUUUAGCAGCUGCAAAUGGUCUCUAUGAUUUAGUAACUGAGCUUCUUCAUCAAGAUACAAAUAAUCUCAUUAAACUCACUUCUCUUCGUAGAAUUCGUCGACUCGAAACAGUUUGGGAUGAUGAUGAGUCUCAGUUUCAAGAUGUUGCUAAGUGUAGGUCUUAUGUUGCAAGGAAGCUUUUGUUUGAGUGUGAAGAAACAGGAACAGGAAAGAAUUCUCUUAUUAAUGGUGGAUAUGGUGGUUGGCUUUUGUAUACUGCUGCUUCUGCUGGUGAUUUAGAGUUUGUUCAUGAAUUGUUGAGAAGAGAUUCUUUGUUGGUUUUUGGUGAAGGAGAGUAUGGUGUUACUGAUAUGCUUUAUGCUGCAGCUAGGAGUAAGAAUUUUGAGGUUUUUAAUAUGAUUCUUGAUUUUGCACUCUUAGGAAGAGAGUUUAGUAUUGUUAAAUUGGAUGAAAGUGGUGAUGGUGGUGGAAUUUUCAUGAGGGAGAUUUUGAAUAGGGCUAUUCAUGCUGCUGCUAGAGGAGGAAAUUGGGAAAUAUUGAAGAAGCAGGUUCUUCUUGGAAGUGCUUCUCAGAUUUUAUUAUCUUAUAGAGAUGCUCAAGGAUGUACUGUUUUGCAUUCAGCAGCUGGAAGAGGCCAGGUUGAGGUGGUUAGAAAUCUAAUUCUAUUAUCACCUGAUAUUAUAAACUCUACUGAUUCUCAAGGCAAUACAGCAUUACAUGUAGCUUGUUGCAGAGGUUACCUUUCUGUGGUAGAGAUUUUGAUUCAAGCAUCUCCUUCAUUAACAAUGUUAACCAAUCAAAAUGGAGACACUUUUCUUCAUAUGGCAGUGUAUGGUUUCACAAGUCCUGAUUUCUGCAAACUAGAUAAACACAAUGAACUCAUGAAUCAGUUACUACUAACCGAAAAGAUUGCGAACUUGAAAGACAUAAUCAAUGUCAAGAACAAUGUUGGAAGAACAGCAAUUCAUUUAGCUGUUAUUCAUGAUGUCCAAUGUGAUGUGGUGGAAUCAAUGAUGUCUGUUAAAUCAAUUGAUCUUAACAUUCGCGAUGCGGAUGGAAUGAAGCCUUUCGAUUAUUUGAAACAAAGACCAAAAUCAAGACCUUCUAAGUUAUUAAUCAAGCAAUUUAUUUCAGCUGGAAGUUUCAUUAAUCGUGAAGAUUAUAUGACAAGAAACGCGAUUGUGGCUCAUUUGAAAACUCAUCAUGGUAUUCGAGGUAGUCCCGGAACUUUGUUUAGAAUUCCGGAUUCUAAGAUAUUCUUGUACUCAUACACUGAUAAUGAUCAAGCAAGUAUUGAAUCAAAUUCAUGCUCAAUUGAAGUAGACAGUAAUUAUGACUCAGCCGAAAAUUCCUCGGUUAACAGCAAGACUAGUUCUGUUAAUUCAGCUGCGAGACGGUUAAUGAAUCUUCUCAAGUGGCAUAAGAGAAGUAAAAGAAAAGAAGCAGCGUCGGAAUUCGAAGGUGACGAUGAUUCUGUUAAUAAUACUCUAAGUUCAAGGAAAAACAAUUUAGAAGAGUUACCAAUCUCAUCAUUAAGACAAAGAUACUCAAAACAAUGUUCUCUUCCAAACAACAAAAGAACACUAUCUAUAAGGACUUUACUUCCAACACAAUCUGCAAAGAAAUAUUUCACUGCUGGCCUAAUGCAAGGUGUGAUUAAGGUAAAGCCACAAAUAGAAAGGUCUAAUUUGUCUGAUUCUUCAAACAAUAAGCAAAAACAUGUUGAUACAAUAGGACCAAUAGAUGAUGGAGGUACCCUACAGUUGAAGUAUAAGGAGAAAAAUUUGAAUAAGAAAUUGAUGAACAGAUAUUUUUCUUUUGGAGCACAAGGGCAGGCUUUGAAAGAUGCAAAUAGUUGCUCAAUGUCAAAUCAUAGUUCUAAGUGUUUCAGUUAUUUAUAGCUGCAUAAAUGUUAUGUAUGAUCCUGUUAUUUUGUGAUAAAAUCUAAUAAGCUAAGGCUGCAAUGUAAAGGGGACCUAAGAGGGCCUAAGUGACUGUAUAACAUCAAAUGUACAGUACCAUAAACCUCAAUACUAUAUAUAUAUAUAGCCAAAUUAAUAA